UAAUGGUUGAAACUUGAAAGCAGCCUUUGCUUCAAUUGUAAAUUAAGUUCUCUCUUAAAUGCGCCAAAUUCUCAUUUGAUGAUCGAUUAUAGGUUGUGACCUUCACUUUCAAGCAUUGUUCGGCACACCUCGAGACUUUUCGGAGGCAAAUCCAUUACAGAUUCGAGCCAAGUAUCCAAAGGUGAUCGUGGAAGGGAGCGUAAUGCCAUAAAAUGACCUCCCGAACAGUGCCAAUAGAUAAGAGACAAGCACCCGAAGGUGUGGACAAAGAUAAAGGCAGGUAUACUCUUAUUAAAGAUGAAGAAUUGGGGUUAUACGACAAACCUCUUCCGUGCUUUGGCUGUGGACACGGAUGGUUCUCUUUCCUCACAGGCUUCUUGUGCCCGCCUAUGUGGUACUACGCUACAAUCUUGUACUUUGGAAAUCACUAUCGUAAAGAUCCAAGGGAACGAGCCGGGCUUGCUGCAUCUGCAAUCGCCGCUAUGGCAUUCUCUGUUAUAUUGUUGAUCAUCAUUCUAAUUCGACUUUUCUAGCUUAUGCGGCGGCCUCGGUUAUUCCAUCCAUGUCCAGAAUGUUCCCAAGCAUCAAUAUAGAGGUACAAUCUUACACACAUGUUGAUUAAAAAAGAAAAAAAAGAAAAAAAAAAUUACUCUUAGAGAAAA